AUGUUCUUGUUAAAUAUAAAUAUUGGAUAUUAUGUUAAUGAAAGAAAUGUAUAUAACGAACCUGCUCAUGCUGAAUCUAAUGUAGAAAUAAAUGUGAUGGCAGAACCUGUUCCCAAUGAUGUGGUUCCCACACCAGAAUUAUCUGCACUGCAAACUAACGAGCCUGAUCCUGAUGAUCAAGAAUUUCUGAGAAUAAAUGAUACCUCAACUGCAGUUUGUAACCGUUUGUUGAAGGCUAUGGAAAUGCUAAGAAGUGAAGUUAGUGCAAUGCAAGCCACUUCGAUCCUUCAAACACUUCUGAAAAUAAUUAGGAAUGUGAUUGAACACCCUGAGGUGGAAAAAUACAAGAGAUUACGAAAGGCUAAUCCAGUCAUUGAGAGGAACAUUGUAAAUUAUAAAGCUGCCUUGGAAAUUCUAUUUUUAGUCGGCUUCAGGGAAGAUGUUAUGUUUGACAAUAUUGGGAAGGAAGAUGCUUACUUGGUGUUGAAGCGGAAUGAUCCUGGCUUAUUGUGGCUAGCUAAGUCAACCCUUGAAUCAAGUACAAGCUUAACUUGCUAG